GAUCAACUCCAUUCUGGUUACAGUGUCCCAUCUUCUGCCUGGCCUGGACACCUGAGGGUCGUCGUCUAGUGACAGGUGCCUCCUCGGGGGAGUUUACCCUUUGGAAUGGCCUCACCUUCAACUUCGAAACCAUCCUGCAGGCCCAUGACAGCAGUGUGCGGACGAUGGUGUGGUCGCAUAACGACCAGUGGAUGGUGACAGGCGACACAGGAGGUUUUGUUAAGUACUGGCAGACCAACAUGAACAAUGUGAAGCUCUUCCAGGCCCACAAGGAUCCAGUUCGCGGCCUCAGUUUUUCCCCAAGUGACCAGAAGUUUGCCACUGGCUCAGAUGACGGCACUGUUAGAAUAUGGGACUUUUACCGCUGUUAUGAAGAGAAAGUUCUCCGAGGUAAGGACAUGAAGAACUCCUGUUUUUCCUAUACCGUUUAG